AGUGAAGUUGUUGUUAUUUUGCAGGAUUUUGAAGAUGUGUUCCCCAAGGAAGUACCUCACGGAUUGCCACCAAUGAGGGGAAUUGAACACCAAAUAGACCUUAUUCCUGGCGCUUCUCUGCCCAAUAGGCCAGCUUAUAGGAGCAACCCUCAAGAAACAAAGGAGAUACAAAAUCAAGUGGAGGAGUUAUUGCAAAAAGGAUGGGUUAGAGAAAGUUUAAGUCCUUGUGCUGUACCCGUAAUUUUGGUGCCUAAAAAGGAUGGAACAUGGAGGAUGUGCACUGACUGUAGAGCCAUCAACAACAUCACAAUUCGGUAUAGACAUCCUAUCCCUAGACUUGAUGAUUUGCUUGAUGAAUUGCAUGGUGCUUGCUUCUUUUCUAAAAUUGAUUUGAAAAGUGGGUACCAUCAAAUUAGGAUAAGGGAAGGGGAUGAAUGGAAAACAGCUUUCAAAACCAAAUAUGGAUUGUAUGAAUGGUUGGUAAUGCCUUUUGGGUUAACUAAUGCACCAAGUACUUUUAUGAGACUUAUGAACCAUGUCUUACGAGAUUUUCUUGGUUUUGUCAUAAGUUCUAAAGGAGUGCAGGUUGAUGAAGGGAAAGUUAAGGCCAUUAGAGAUUGGCCAACUCCUAAAACUUAUUUGAAAGGGCAAGGGAAGCUCAACAAAAGGCAUGCCAAAUGGGUCGAAUUUCUUGAACAAUUUCCUUAUGUGAUUAAGCAUAAGCAAGGAAAGGUAAACGUUGUAGCAGAUGCACUUUCAAGAAGGUAUAACUUGUUAGCUACACUUGAAACUAAAUUGCUUGGCUUUGAACAUAUUAAGAAAUUGUAUAUACAUGAUAAUGAGUUUUCCCAAUUAUAUGUUGCGUGUGAAAAGAAAUCACAAAAUGGGUUUGCUAGGCAUGACAACUACUUGUUUAAGAAUAAUAGACUUUGUGUGCCUAGAGGAUCCAUGCGUAAAUUGCUAGUUAGGGAAGCACAUGAGGGGGGUUUAAUGGGACACUUUGGGGUUCAAAAGACCAUGGGGAAAUCAGUGGAAGAGGAGUACUUGUGUGCGAUCCGAACCAGUUCCUACACCAACUUGUGCCUCCAGGUCGAGGAGGCCUUGUCAGCGUCGGCGUCGGCGCCGUCUCCGUCUCCGGACUACACUGUCCUUCUGCAGCCGGACCAGGAGACGCUCGCUGGCAUCAUCCGCGAUGCGCAGCCACGGCUGCCGCGCCUCGUCGUCGCUUUCUUCAACACCACCUCCCGCGCCUGCCGCUCCUGCGGCUCUCUGCUCGACUCCAUCCACAGCGCGCGCGCGAACCAGGCGCAGCUGGGAGAGGCCCGCUUCGCUGCCGGGGCAGGCGGCAGAUCCUUCGCCAUCGCAGGGCUCCGGCGGUUCCGCCGGCAGCGGAACCCCUUCAGUGAGGAGGUGGAGCUGGACGACCCGGUGGCGCAGCAGCUGAUGAUGACGCAUCGGCAGCUGGCGGUGAGUCGGGGGAGGCAGCGGCGGCGGAGGAUGGCGGCGCGGUUUUGUGGCGGGAGGGAGGGGGCCGAGGAGGAGGGGAGGGAGGCGGCGCAGGUGGGGGCGGCUGCACGGGGUGCGUUCGCGUUGGAGAGGGACAUGGACACGUUGGGGAGCAUGGUGAGGAGGGUGCGGGAGGAGAUCGAUCACGCGCGACAAGUGAUCAGGAUGCUGAUGGUGGCGGAGGCUGAGGAGGAGGAGGAGGAUAAGGAGUGGCCGUCAGGGAUGGAGCGGGUGCUGGUGAUGGCGGAGGAGGUGGUGCGGGAGCUGGGAGCGAGGGAAAGAGGGUUGAUGCAGCAGCUGAGGGAGCUGGAGGAGUACAUCUUCUUGUGCUUCAUCAACAUAAACAGGACAAGGAGAAUGGUGGUGCACCACAUCCAACUUCGCCACACGUCUCAAUGA